CGUGCCGCUGAGCUUUGCUGGCCGAAAAUACGUUAAACCUGCCGUUAGCUUUGAGCUACACGAUUCUUGUCAAGUCAUACGCGACAGAGUAUAGAUUUAACGGAAAUAAUUAAAGAUUAGCGCGAGAAACAGAAACCGCGAAUGGCAUUUUAUAAGCUCGGGUGUGUAAAAUAUAAGGCGAAAGCUUUAUAGUUUGGACGCUGGCUAACUGGCUAAGUGAGUCGUCGGUAGACCCCACCACCCAAAGAUUGAAACGGCGAUUAAAGCCAUCAUCUAAUCUAUUUAAGAGGAUAACCAAUGUCACACACACACACACCAAUCCUCUAAAGCAGCGACGCCACUGAACUGACAGAGUUUAUUUACAUUCAUAUGUACACUGUCCAGCACGCCCACUGAAAAGGCCCAUCAUUGGAUCAGAGGACUAGUGCAUUCUCACUCUGCGUGUGAGCGUGCAUGUGAUCCACUGAUAAUUCCACAGAGUCAGAGAAGAAAGUGAAGGCAUGGCUCAAGGCACUCCCUUGAGACCACAUCCUCCUGAGAUCCUUAUCUAAUGCCGCCUCAUCUGCUAAUAGACAUCAGCUGGGCCUGAUACACUCACACAUAAGAAGACACUAAAGUAUAAGUUGAACUUCUGUUUUUUCAUUGUCUCCUCUUUGCCUCCCUGCUCCCCCAAGCCCUCACCUGAGCAUCCUGGGAUUUUUUUAUUUUGGAAUCAGUCAGCCUACCUGGAUCAAUUACCAGGAGUAUUGGGGUGUGUGUGUGUGUGUGUGUGUGAGCUAAGCGUUGCUCUUUUUACCUCCUCUUUUUUUUUUUUUUUGUCUCUGUGCAAGCUCCAUCAAGAAAGAGUUGUUUUUGCUGGAGCAUUCCUCUGACUUAAAGCCUCUUGUUGUUGAAAAGAGUGAGAAUUUUGUCUAAUCAGCCAUGCAGGUGUAAGCUUGAAGUCUUACAAGAUACUGGACUGUCUUUUAUAGCCAACAAUCACCUGUGCAUCAGCAAUGCUUCGAGUCAGGAGAGUGACAUUUUUCAUUCCCUUUUUUGAGGUGCAAUGUAGCACAUGUUGGUUGAAAUGAAGGAAAGACAUUUUUACAUUUUCUGAUAGUGUGGAUGGUGGGGGGGGAAACGACUUCAACUGGUAACGGUUGUGACUGCCAACUAAUUCCUUUGCUAUCACUGCUACCUUCCAGACUGAACUACACCAAAAACUGACAUCAAAAUCUACUUCCUCUUGUUCUCACUCCGUCUCUAGCCAAUGCAUUGUCAUUUUUACAUCUUUGGUAGUUUAUUUCUCAACUUUGGCCAUUCACAGCAAAAGACAACUCCAGCAAGUUAAUUAGCAGCUUUUGAAAUGUUAAAACGGACUACAUAACCAUACUCCAAAACAUAAAGCUCAAAUAAUAAAUUGUUUUAAUGUUCAUCAACAGUUGCAAAAUGAUCAAACAAAUUCAUUAACAUUGCUCUUUUCUACCUCUCACACUGCAACACCAAAUCUUUGUCUUCAAGUCAAAUUUUUCAUCUGAUUUCUUUUUUUUUUUUUACAGCACCACUUUUGAUCAGUGUCAUUUCCAUUUAUUAAGCAGCUGUAAAACUUUUUUUUUUUUUAUGUCAUUUUUUUUCUUUCAAAGCAAUUGAGCCAUAGUCAUAUACUUUUUUUUUUAAGCAAUUAUUUUACUUUUUCUAAGCCGUUUGAGAUCAGGUAGUUCCUUUUUGCUUUCAGAUUGUUUUUAAAGAACCGACCAAAAACAUAUGACGAACUCAAACGAUUUGUAUCUGAUUUUUGCAAUGCUUUAUCAUUUAUAUACAUUUUAAAAUCUUUUUAAGCCAGAACCUCCAAACCAAUCUUUACAUUUUAGAUCAAGAAUUUAUGAAAACCCAAAGUUUUUUCAGUUUACUUAGUACAUGUAAAAAAUAUUUUUAUUUGUAUUUCUACGUUUCCAUAUUUUGUGUCUAAGGAGGAUCUUUUGACUGUAUGAACUAUGCUUAUGUUGUGGCCUUUUUACAUAAUGCUGAAAGGGCGACGACUUCUCCCUUAGUUUAUACGUUUGUGCUGCCUCAACACACAUUCACAAACGGAUCAUUUUUCGGGGCGUGCUGCCAUCCUGCUUCCUAGGUGAUGCCAAGCGGCAGCAUGAGUGGGGGUGUGUCUGGACCCACUUCCCCACCCCAACCCACUGUUCCAUCCAGACCGCUCCGGCCUAGUCGCUACGUGCCGGUCUCUGCAGCAACAGCCUUCCUGGUUGGAGCAACCACACUCUUCUUCUGCUUCACGUGCCCUUGGCUUUCGGAGCAGUUUUCAGUUGCUGUGCCGAUAUACAAUGGCAUUAUAUUUCUGUUUGUGCUGGCCAACUUCUGUAUGGCCACCUUUAUGGAUCCUGGCAUCUUCCCUAGAGCUGAGGAGGAUGAGGAUAAAGAGGAUGAUUUCCGGGCUCCUCUCUAUAAGACGGUGGAGAUUCGAGGCAUUCAGGUGCGGAUGAAGUGGUGCUCCACCUGCCGUUUCUACAGACCCCCACGCUGCUCACACUGUUCUGUGUGCGACAACUGUGUGGAGGAUUUUGAUCACCACUGUCCAUGGGUUAAUAACUGUAUUGGCCGGAGAAACUACCGUUACUUCUUCCUGUUUCUGCUCUCUCUGACGGCUCACAUCAUGGGCGUGUUCGGCUUCGGCCUGCUCUUCAUUCUCUACCACACCCAGCAACUGGACAGAGUGCAUUCAGCUGUCACUAUGGCUGUCAUGUGUGUUGCUGGGCUUUUCUUCAUCCCAGUAGCAGGCCUCACUGGUUUUCAUGUUGUCCUGGUGGCAAGAGGCAGGACCACCAAUGAGCAGGUGACAGGAAAGUUCAGGGGAGGCGUGAACCCCUUCACAAAUGGCUGCUUGAGGAAUGUCUCGCAUGUUCUGUGCAGCUCACAGGCACCCAGGUAUCUGGGUAGAAAGAGGAAGGUUCAGACCGUGUCUGUUCAGCCUCCAUUCCUCCGGCCACAGCUCACUGAGGCUCAGCUGGCCGCCAAAGUGCUUGAUAAUGGAAUCCAAGGAGACCUACAUCGGUCUAAAAGCAGUUUGGAGAUGAUGGAGAGCCAGUCUACUGAUGCAGAGCCUCCGCCUCCCCCUAAACCAGAGCUCAGAUACCCUGGACUGUCACGAGGACCUUCUGGACACUCUGAGGAGAGUAGUCUGUUAAAUAAAGCUCCACCCACCCCCACCAUGUUCAAGUACAGGCCUACCUACAGCAGCCCGGGCAAGAACCAUACUGCUCUUACACACGCCUAUGCCAACCAGAUGAGUCGUGGGGACAGUCUUAAAGAAUCCUCUUCCUCUCUCCUCCAGUCCAGUCAGCAGCCGGGUUAUCGCUCUGAGCCCAGUCUGGAUGGGCAUGAGGGGGGAGGAGUAGAGCGAAGUGGGGCAGAUCGAAUAGGUGGGGGCCCUGGAGGACCUCCAGGCUCAGGGAUGCCUGGUUAUGCCCUUGGAGGGCACUCGUAUCCCUCCUUCUCUGAUCAUACGGUGAUUGCCGUAGGCGCCUCACGGUCCUCCAGUGUUCGCUCUUCCCACAAUGCCCCACCAUCUGAGGCCACCACCUCCACCAGCUACAAGAGCUUAGCCAAUCAGACGCCACCACCGGCUCCUCGUAACGGCAGCCUGUCAUACGACAGUCUGCUUACGCCCUCUGAAAGCCCAGAUUUCGAAUCGGCAGCACCAGAGCUGUCGCCAGGGCAUCCACGCACAGCAGUACUUGGAUACAGUUCGCCCUUCCUAUCGGCACAGAUCGCCCAACAACGGGAAGCAGAGCUUCACCAGCCCUCUGCCUCCAGCACCGCCCUCCUCACCUCCCCGCAACACGCCGCCUAUCUUCGUGGUUCCACCAUCUCCCCGCCCCCUCCAGCUGAGCGAGAGCGGGAGCGUCUGCUACACGACUUGCAACCCCACCAUCAUCACCACCAACGCCACCAUCAUCACCAUCAAACUCGGCCGCCCCGCUUCUCUCGGCCACCUUUGCUCUCUGACUCGGGCCACUCUCAGCCCUCCUAUCCAUACCGCACCCGCUCUACUGACACGCCCCUGCCGAACACCACCCACCCCCCUCGUUCGCCACACCCCCCACCGCUGGGGAAGUCUCUAUCUUAUUCUAGUGCUGCAGCUGCAGAGAUGCAGUACCGCCUGGUCCGCAAAGCCUCGGCCUCAGUCGGGGGAGGUGGCAUACAGGCACCAAAGGACGAGAUUCAGAUGAAGUCGUAUAGUAGGACAAACGGGCAGCCCAAAUCAUCUCUCCCUCAGUCUCCAUCUUCCACCCCCACGUCCCCCACACAUCCUGUCAGUGUGUCCACUCGCCCAGGUCAGGCCUAUUCCAGUGCCAGCUCUUCUCAGAGCCCCGCCCACAAGCCUGGAGGUGGGGUGAAGAAGGUGACCGGUGUCGGAGGGACCACUUACGAGAUAUCAGUGUGAGAGAUGAGCAGCUGUUUUGACCAAUCUUAUGUGAGCCUUGGACUUUUUCGCCCUCUUGGACACAGUAGAGUUUUGAUAUUAGAAGAGAAAAUCAAGUGUGUUGGACAUUUAUUGGUGCCCACAGAAGAUUUCUCUUCAAAAUUAAAGCUUUUAAUUUUUUUUCCAAAAGGAAAUCAAUUGCUGACCAGCAGGUUUUGGUUAGAUGUGACAUUGAGGAGGAGGAGGAGGAGUGUUGAUAUUCAGCCGAGACAUAGUGUGGCCUGUCCUAUACAAAACCUAUAUAAGACUCCUCGCCGGUAUGGAGUUGUAACACAUAAUUGGUGUGACGGAAAACAACUGGAUUGCCUUCAAAACUUUUCAGUACGUCACAAAAAACAAAAACAAAAAAUCUAUAUAUAUAUAUAUCCGGCAUAAGUGUGUACAUUGUUCUGUAUAGAGAAAAAAAGUGGUGUCACUGUUUAUUCACAGAGUGGAUUUGAUUUUUACACAAGGGGACCUGUGGCAUGCAGAAGCCAUUUCAGACCACUGUGACUGGCAUGUGACAAUGUUGUGUCUGUAUCCAAUCUGUGCCAGAAAAGCAAAACCGUAGUCAAUUUAAAGAAAUGGCCUAAUGCAUUAUUUAAAUAACAGCCUUUUCGAUUGUUUUCAGAGCAAUGGCCUUGGAAAUCAAGGAAGAACCAUUUUAUUUAAUUUUUAAAAUGUUAUUUUAUAUGACUUUAUAAAUGGUUAUUGAUAAGAUCAAAAUGUUUUUUUUAUUCUACAAAGGCUGAUGAUUUGUUCUCUGUGGAAUUUUAUCUAAUCAGAUAGGGGGUUGAAGAAUUGGAGGCUGGAAAACCGAUAAGACCAAGUAAAUCAUAGUCAUGUGAAGACAGUUACUCAUAGCAUUAAAAUGCAUUUGAGAAAGUGGAGCUCGACCUGUGGGACAUAUUUCAGAGUUUCUUCAAAACAUUGUGUGCCUCUUUUCAUUUGUACUUCAUUCAAAAAGAUUGUGACAUUUUGCAAGACUUAUUGAUUUGACAAUUUCAACCAUUGUCUAACUUGUCGGGGGUGUUGAUCAAUGUUUAGAUCAGAGCUGGCCGAUACAAAAGCCAAUGAAUACCCUCUCAGAAUGAUUAUAUGAAUAUUUAGGAUAAAAAAAAUGGACUGAGAGGAGGGAAAGAAAAUAAAGUGUACUGUAUAGUUCAGUGUGAGUGACCAUGGUUGUGGAUAUGUGUAUGCGUGAGUUUGUGUGGUUGAGCAUUGGUAAUAAACUCUUUUUAAAUCAA